AUGCCGGAUCCACCCAACAAGAUUGCCGAUAUCGCAGCGGGCCGCAGGCGAUAUAGCCAAGGCUUCUUGCUGCGAUAUCGUCAACAUGUCGCUGCGACCUCGUCAAAGUCUCGCUGCCAUAUCGCUCCCUCUCAAAAAUUUGAAACUUGAAAAACAUUUUUUUUUGCUUUAUUUUUCACUUUUAUGAUGAAAUCAUUCAUGCCGUGUUCAAUUUGAUUCCGCGAAAUGCAAAAUGAUCUCUGACUCUCCAAAAUCUAGUGAUCUUUUCCUUUCUCUAACGGGUAUUUUGCAUUUCGGGGAAUCAAAUUGAACACGGCAUCAAAUUCAAAAAUAAAGAUUUUUUUGAAGAAACAUUUUUUUCAGAGAGCGAUAUAGCGCAAGACGUUUGCGAGGUCGCAGCGAGAGGCGAGCGAUACUGCUCUACCGCGGUAUAGCAUUACUUUCGCUGCGAUGUAGUCCACAAUAUUGGGUGCGACCACUAAUUAAUUUUUUUAUUAUUGUUUUGCUGUAGAUCGUUUUUCAGUGAGUUGGAGCACGUUCUUUGCUUCCCGAGACGGUUUAGUUGAAAAUAGUAAAAAGUUUUUUAGAUUUAUUAGGUGUUAUAAAACUUCUGCGCCGAUGAGUAUCUUUUUCUAGGACAAAUUAUUUCCGAAUUUUUAGACCUAGUUCAUAUGAAUUAGUCAUUCAUAAAACUAUACUUUUAUCAGUGUCUUUGACCAGCCACUAUUGUAACUGGCACUAUUUGCGCCUUUGCGUGGGUUAUCAUUAUCAGUUUUCCGUGAAGCUAGACGUUUCAAUACUCACUGAUACGGACAGACUUUUCUUCCAUUUUUUUAUGCACAAAUGGUGAGAAAAAUUGUUUCAAUUGUUUCGUUAGCGUUUUUUAUGGAAACGUUCUUGGUUCAUGUUUACUAAUGCUUUUAACUUCAUUUCUGAGAUUGUUCUGAUUGUUCGUGCCACACUCGUAUAAAUAUUUACGCCACGAGCUUCCAACUCUGUAUUGAAUCGCUUUUUCGCCUUGAAAUGCGCGCCACGGAAAUUUUUUUUCAAUGUGUUUUUCAUUCUCAUGCUUCGGUCAACAUUGUUUCCCUGAAAAAUUUGAUCACCAGCCGAGUGUUUUUGUUUCUCUCUUUCUCCGAGCUUUCCAUGUCACAGAGUAAUCGAUCUUCAAACUUUCGUUUGCUCUGUUCUCAGAAACUUUGAAACAACUUAUUGACUUUCAGAUAGUGAAACAAUGAUACGUCGUUUUUUUAAUCUUUCAUUUUUUUCUAAUUUAGUAUGUUUCAGUGAUAUCCCAAAAAAAGAUCGUGACUCACUAUGCAUUUUGAAAGUUUUUCUUCAAGCUUUGAAAAUACACUUACGGCUAUUUUCUCACCAUAAAAUGUGAAAUAUUAGAGGCCAAACGUUCGAAAGUCGUUUUAUGCCGAGGCUUAUCGGUUCCUUCUUUAUCAGCUUUGGUCACUCGCUGAAAUGUGCUUUUCAAACCGUCUUCUAUUCAAAGUAUUCAAUUUCCAGACCGAGGAUGGCGGCUUUCGCCUUAAUAAUAUCCAUCAUGAUGGUGGUGACGGGAUCUCUUAACACAAUUUGCGCCAAAUGGGCGGACAGCAUCAAGGCUGACGGCGUUCCUUUCAAUCAUCCUUUUCUUCAGGUUCUAGAAGGCGCUUCCACUUUUCAAUUUGAAAGUGAUUUUUAGGCGACAUGUAUGUUUUUCGGUGAAUUCUUGUGUCUGGUGGCUUUCUUCUUGAUCUACGCUUACAAGAAAUACCGCUGGAAUAGCGCCAACGUUCAGGGUUUGUGGCGCUGUUCUUUAAUUUUGGCAUUUCAAAGCCAUUUUGACAGGAGUCUCACCUAUUUAAGGCAGCCGGUCGUUUAAAAAUUACAAGUUACAAGUUUUUCACUCUUCAGAGAAAAUUCUCUGCUUAUCAAUGGGAUAAAUUAAGAGUUGAUCGUUAGUUGGCGCGUUGACCAAGAAUGGCUCGUUGUGUAAACUUUUAUAGCAUGGGUCCUCUUUUAAGAUUCAAAAGGCGUAAAAGGAGGAGAAAAAUCUUUGGAAAUGGAGAAAAAGGGUCUAUGUUUCAGAAAAAUAUUCUCCUUCAGAGUUUUUGAAAUGCGUUACAAGGAGAGCUUCACUAUUUUCCCGAAACUCUUUUUAGAAAGAAAGCCAGCAAUUGCAGGAGAUGAGGGAACAAUCGUGAAUAUCUCGCCUGAUGCGCAACCGACGUUGCCCACGUUCAAUCCUCUUCUCUUUUACCCUCCAGCCUUCUGCGACAUUCUCGGCACCUCCAUCAUGUACAUUGGCCUCAACCUCACCACGGCCUCAAGCUUCCAAAUGCUCAGAGGUGCGAAAUCGUUAAAAUAAUUUUUUCGAUUUGUCAACUCAGGUGCUGUUAUAAUUUUCACGGGACUUCUGUCGGUCGGCAUGCUUGGGACCACGAUCAAGCCGUUCAAGUGGUUCGGAAUGCUGUUUGUGAUGCUCGGCCUGGUCAUCGUCGGCGUCACCGACAUUUACUACGACAACAACCCGCUCGACGACAAGAACGCCAUCAUCACCGGUAUGUUUCGAAUCGAAAAAAAUUAUUCAUGUAGACGUUUUGUACUGAAAAUAAAAAUUGCUGACUCAUAUGUUUUGUACAGGAGACCUGCUGAUAAUUAUGGCCCAGAUCAUCGUCGCCAUUCAAAUGGUUUAUGAGCAGAAGUUCCUCAACCAGUACGAUGUUCCGGCUCUUUUCGCCGUCGGUUUGGAAGGUGAGAACUCUCUCAAGCCAAAUUGAACGGAAUAGUUGGAAGGCUUGUUCGGUAUGGUGACGCUCUCCAUUCUGAUGGUUCCUUUCUACUACAUUCACGUUCCGAGGACCUUCUCGACCAACCCAGAGAAUCGUCUGGAGGAUGUUUUCUACGCCUGGCAGGAAAUCACAGAGCAGCCCAUGAUCGCUGUGGCUCUGACAGGAACUAUUAUCAGGUUUUUGUCAACCUCCUGGCAUAUUUAUUUUUUUUUUUGUUUUUCAGUAUUGCGUUCUUCAACUUUGCUGGCGUUUCGGUGACGAAGGAACUGUCGGCUACGACCAGAAUGGUUCUGGACAGUGUCCGCACGCUCGUCAUCUGGGUGGUCUCGAUCCCGCUUUUCGGAGAGAACUUUAUCCCUCUCCAGGCCAGUUUCAUUUUGAGUGUAUUAGAAGAAGGACCGCCUUUUCAGAUCAGCGGCUUUGCUUUGCUGAUUUUGGGCACGCUGAUCUACAACGACAUCCUCAUCGGUCCGUGGUUCCGCCGACGCAUUCUUCCAAGCUUCGGAGACAAUCAUCAUUCCUGUGCGCGGUGAGUGAUUUUUUUUUUUUUGAAGAAUCAAAUAAAAAGCCUUCGAGAAGCUCAAAGUUGAUCAUAACAUUCCAGGUUCUGGGUGAUGAUUUGCGGCGGAGACUCGGAACUUAUCACUUACAACGACCAAGAGGGCCAGCUGAUCGACGACGACGAAGAAUAA